CCUUUUAUCACCUUUCAUGCACUUCAAUACUUCUCUCUGCUAUCACUCUUCAAUUACAACUACAAGAAGAAAAAAAACAGAAAUGGUUUGCUUUUGCUUUCUCGUGGAUCAGACUCGUCAGGUACGGCGGAGCAAACCGGCUGCCGGAUUUUGUUCCCGGUGUGGCGGCGGAGCCAGCGUCGCCGACAUGAAGACCGCCACUAGAUUUUGUUUCGUCCCAUUUUAUUGGAGGUCUUGGAGAGCCAUUAUUUGCACUUUCUGUGGAGCUAUUAUCAGAUCCUAUCGCUAACCUUUCCUCUUCUUCUUCUUUUUCUUCUUCUUCUUUAUUUACUUAGAACUUGUCUAAUUUUUCUUGACUUAGGUAAUUAAAUUCCUAAUCCCAUAUUGUAUUGGUCUGGACUUCUCCCAAUCUUUUCACGUUUCUUGUAACACGGUUUCUUGAUUAUAAUUUUAAUGAUGUUCAUAUUCCUUUUGUUUUUCUCC